AUGCUUAUAUCGGGCGAAUUAUGUUUAGCUUGGCGGUCAUUUACCAUUCGUUUCGAUGCCACCGAAUGUAAGCAAAAUAAUAAAAUGACCGAUUUCUUAAACUGUUCCAUUGUUAAGUUGAAACGUAAUCAGGAGGUCUUCAAUAUGAAUGUACGUUUCAAUACCGAACUUUUAAAGCCUAAAUUGGAUUUUUGGAUUAUUAACGAGAGACCAGAUGAAAAAGAUUUUGUUUUGGUUAAUUUUACCAAUGUCGAUGGUUGUCUAUUUCUUCAAAAUAAGGAUACUUAUAAUAUUUUGCAAAUUAUACGCAAAGAAUUUGUAAAAUAUUCCAAUUUACCCGAAAAGUGUCCCGUGGAAAAGUUUACACAAAUUAAUGUUAAACAAUUGAAAAUUGAUCCCGAAAGUUUUCCGCCCUAUAUACCGGAAACAAAAUUCCGCGUAGAGGUUUAUUUAAAAGAAGAUAUUGAUUUAAUUUUCAGUUUAAUCGUAAAAGGUAGAGUGGAAUCGAAAAAACGUUUGAACCGACAAAAAAUGUCAAACAAUUUAUAA